GGCCCUGGCCACAGGGGACAUAAAGGGCGCCUGGAGCGGAGCCGGUGCAGCCUCGUCCAAGCUCCAGGACCUGCUCGGCCGCGGACACAGCGCUGGAGAUGAAGACCCUGCUCCUGACCCCCGUGCUGCUCGCCCUGGUGGCUGCCCUGCGGGCCCAGGACCCCCUGUCCCUCCAGCCAGAGGAGCCGGAUCUCACAGGGACCUGGUACACGAAGGCCUUAGUGAGCAACAUGACGGUGCCGGGAAGGAAGAUGUUCAAGGUGGCCUUCCCCUUCACGAUGACAGCCCAGGAAGGUGGGAGCCUGGAGGCCAGGGUCACCUUGAUGAUUAAGGGUCAGUGCCAUGUGAAGGAGAUUCUGAUGCAGAAAACCGCGGAGCCCGGCAAAUACAGCGCCUUCGGGGGCAGGAAGCUCAUCUAUGUGGAGGAGCUGCCCGUGAAGGACCACUACAUCUUCUACUGCAAGGAGCAGGGCCCGGGGAAGACAUUUGGCGUGGGGAAGCUCGUGGGGAGGACCCCGGAGGAAAACCCUGAGGCCCUGGAGGAGUUUAGGAAAUUCGUGCAGCGCAAGCGACUCCCGCAGGAGAAAAUCGUCAUCCCUGAGCAGAGGGAAAGCUGUGUCCCCGAGCGAGACUAGGCAGCUGCCCGGAUCUGCGUCCCCCGGCUCUCCCUCCCCGCCGACCGGACCCGGAACCGACCACCCCUCCUCCUGCAGCCUCCACCCUGCAGCCGACCCCACCGGGCUCCAAAUAAAGAACUUCAGCAGCAGCUGUGGCUCAGCCUGUC